AUGCUCCGUGUUCUUGCCACUGUGGGAGCCGCCGGAGGAGUGGUGGUUCGAUUGCAGUCGGUUGACGGCCACGUUGAGAUGGCUCUGGUCGCCCUUGAUCGUCGUCACCUCGUUCUUGAUGGAGGAGAGAUCGGCGAGGAUGGCAUCCAGAGUGGUCUUGAGUUCGUCACCCAUGACAGGCGAGAGGAUCGAGAGUUAAUCCACCCUCCUGCCUCUCAGCUCGGUCAGCUGAUGUACGUUACCAGUGAGAGUGAUGAAGCAGCAAAAGAUGGAUAUGCCAUGCAGUGGUGCACUACAGAAUCGCAACUUCACCUCAAACGGGCCCAUGGAGUGCCGCAGUUACGUCGCUACCUUCACUCAUCUGUGUUUGUUCUGUUAAGGUACGCUGCCAGCCACACCAUUCUAGCACCUACCGCCGUGUGGGCGCCACUCACGGCCGAUGCUCCUGGAGUUGCUGGCCUGCCAUGUGGUACCAGUUUGUCGCACAGCUUGAGCCUCGGCCACGCGCUCCAGCUACUCGGCAAAUUGUCCCCUCAUGCUAGGCCCUGUCUCGGUCACCCUAUCCGCCUUCAACCACCUACAGCCUAUAGUGUGAAUGAGACGAUUUCCAGUCAGCUGCUCACAAGUAACUGGCAGAUUUGUUGCAGUGGUUAUGUCUGGCUCCUGCUCUUUCUAAUUUACUGGCCAUAA